AGGUAGUCCAGGAGGAAGUUUUUUUUUGCUCCUCGCUCGCAUUCUGUCGCUCGACGUACAGCGGAAGAGGUGAUACUGAGAGGAAAGACAGUGUCGCUCUCAAUCUCACGAAAACAUAACAACACGCGCAAAAAUUCAACAUUUUGGCGGUUUUUAACAGAAAACACUAUGUCUGAUGAAGGGAAGAUUUUUGUUGGUGGGCUGAACUUUGAAACAGAUGAACAAUCAUUGGAGCAGUUGUUUUCCAAGUAUGGCGAGGUUCGUGAUGUACUUGUGAUCAAAGAUAAAGAGACACACAAAUCUAAAGGGUUUGGUUUUAUUACUUUUGAAAAUCCUGACGAUGCAAAGGACGCCUUGACCAUGAAUGGAAAGGAAGUUGAUGGUCGGCAAAUUCGUGUAGACCAGGCAGGAAAAGGCUCUAGCGGACGAUCUCGGAAUUACCAAGGCAGUCAGUCACGAAGUUACGGAUUUCGUGGAGGAAGAGGUGGCCGUGGAUCUUACAGAGAUGGUGACAGAAGUGGACGAAACAAUUACAGAAAUGACUACUCUUCCAGUUCUAGGAGCCAAAACUCUGGCUCAUACGGCUCUAACAAUUCAUCCUCAAGGUCCUACCGGGAUGACUACUACGAUAGUUAUGCUACAAAUGAAUAAUCAAUCUCCUUGAAUCAAGAUCAUCAUCCUUUUGGCUCUUGAGUUUUGGAACAGCAGAAAGCAGUUGUCUUCUGAACUUGUCUGUUUAAUAUUAUCAAAAUUAUUGACAGUAACUUCUGACUUGAAUGUGCAUUUACUUUUAGGUCAACACUGACCAUUUCAGUUUAUUUUUCUCAAAAUUUUCACGUUCAGGCCGAUAGGCUAUAAAGACAGACCUGAUCACUCUUCUUUUUGCCCUUUUUAUCCAUUUUUUUCCUUUGCAUUUUUGAUGCUUGGCCUUUUCCAUUUGCUAUCUAUAAUCAGUAGGCUUUUUUUCCAGAGUUGCAGAGUAUUUGACUUUUUUUGGAAUAAAUUUAUACAUGGACUUUCCUGAUGGUAAAUCAACAUUCAGUCGUUCUGCCUGUCACUGAAAAUUGCUGUAGAAUGUUCAAAGCUGCUGGAUCUUGCAUACUUUUCAUGUUUAGAAACAAUUUACACAACUGCAUUCAUUUCUGAUGGGCUUGUUUUUGGAAAAUUAUAUACUGAUAAGUUGGUCAUUUAUUCAUGCUGUAUUUCGUGCUGAGGAUGAAACCUUUUUUUUGUAUACACUUGGUUUUUUGGAAACUGAUUAAAGAACUUGCCCAAA